UAAGCUAAAUAUACCAGUCAACAGUCGACCAAGAUGGCGACUGCCAGGUAAUUUUGUGUGGUGCAAUCACUUUAGUGGAAAAAGGGUUGAGGAUAGUUAAAAUGUUAUUUGUUUAUUUGGAAAACCUUGUGCAAGAAAUUCAAGUGCCAGAGAAAAGACGUGCGUGACAGCCACUAAGUGUGCUGGUGUUCGCAUUCUGCGGCAUUCUGUUAUUACCUUUCCAUACGUAGCACAAGUGCAUACCACCUGCGUUUCGUUAUCGGAUUUCAACGGAAGCAAAUGCGUGAAUUUUCUUUAGUCUAGUCCAUAUUUUAGAACUGCAAGCUACACUUGUUUCCGCUUGUUUAGUGAUCCAACCUGCAGUAGACCCGACCCCAUUCCUAUAUUUCGAGGAUUUUAGAAGCGAAUUGCCACAUCACGCAAGAAAAAGUCUACGCAUUAAAUUCCGUAAAAAUGCUCGACUCAGUACUAGAGUUGACUGAAAAGAAUAAACGCUGCUAUUUUGAGCCAGCGCUUUAGAUACGGCUCACCAUGUUUCGUCUUCUUCGACAAUCUUUCGUGUCGCUGCUUGUUAGUGUUGUCGUUGGCUGCAGUGUCAUCGCCUUCUUGUUUCAAUCACUUAACCCACGAUUUUAUCAAAACAAUGUCGCCGACGAUAAUAGGAAACAUCAGGUAAAUACAAGCAAAUCCCAAACCAUCCAAGUCAUUGUGAACGAAAAAGGACAAGAUCUCAGUGAUAAAGUACGUAUUCUAUGCUGGGUGAUGACUUCUCCCGCCAAUCACGAAACCAAAGCUUUGGCCGUCAAAGAAACAUGGGGUCCUCGCUGCAACGUUUUACUUUUUAUGAGCUCAACAAACGAUACGAAGCUUCCAACAGUUGGGCUACCAGUGGGAGAAGGUCGAGAUGCACUAUGGGGAAAAACUAGGGAGGCAUUUCGUUAUGUGUGGGAACGUUAUCAAGAUGAAGUGGAUUGGAUUCUUAAAGCUGACGACGACACGUAUGUUAUCGUAGAAAAUCUGCGUUAUUUUCUUUCCGGAUUCAAUACAUUGGAACCAUUGUAUUUCGGCCACAAAUUUAAAGCGAUUGUUAAAAAUGGUUUUUUCAGUGGUGGUGCUGGUUAUGCAUUGAGCAAAGAAGCUAUCAGGAGAUUUGUAACAAUAGGAUAUCACAACGCCUCACUUUGCCGGAAGGAUCAUGGAGGAACUGAAGAUGUAGAAAUGGCAAAUUGCAUGGAAAAGUUGAAUGUCUCGGCGAUGGACACGAGAGAUUCGCAAGGUAGAGGAAGAUUCUUUCCAUUCGGCGUAAAUUUUCACUAUUUUCCUGGCGAAAUUUAUGCCGACGUUCAUUGGUAUUGGAAUGCCAUUUACUACCCUCCUACCCAGGGGCGUAAUUGCUGUUCAGAUAGCACUAUAUCCUUCCAUUACAUUGACCAAAGAACCAUGUACAUACUGGAUCUCUUCUUCUACCAAAUUCGUCCUUUUGGGUUGGUGGACAAUCGUCCUGCAAUUCCAGAACCACCGCCAGAUGUAAAUCUCACUGCCCCUCGUUGGUUUGCCCCUCCAAAGCCCACGACCCCCACGCCUCCUACGACGAUCCCAACAUCAACAAAGGGUACGACAACCUUGAAACCCAACACAACUACUAGUCAAACAAGCGCUCCAAGUACCAAGAAGGUAGUAACCCAGAAAACGGUUGAUUCAAGUAGCACUAUGGUGAACGCAAACGCUACGAAGAAAAACUGAAAGGGCUAUGAAGUUAGUCAUUUGCAACUCUCGUCGGAUCAUGACAAAGUAAAAUAGGUAUAUCAGUUUAAUCAAAAGGUGCCAUUAUGCAUGUGUUUUGAAACCCUUUCGAUAAAUUUGUUAAAAAUGAA